AAUAAGCCCGCCACGGGCGUGCCUUUAGGCAUGUGCAGAGUGCUAGAGAAGGUCACGGGGAAUACAAGCUUCCGCCACGGCGACUAUUUUUGCCAGUCGAACGUGAUCAAAGUAUGAUAAAUUUUGUACAGCGACCAGCCACAAAUCCGUUGAACGCCACGUGUUUGGAUCAAGUGAUCUGCCGUUGGGAGCUUUACUGGUAGACUCUUUCAGGGAGAGAAUCACAAGUGAAGCUGAGGAUCUAGUGGCAAACUUUUUUCCAAAGAAGCUUUUAGAACUUGAUGGGUUCCUUAAAGAUCCCAUUCUGAACAUUCAUGAUCUUACACAAAUCCACUCAGAUAUGAACCUUCCUGUUCCGGACCCAAUUCUGCUGACAAACAGUCAUGAUGGACUGGAUGGGUCCAAUAUGAAAAAGCGAAAAUUGGAAGACUGUGAAGAGACCUUCCAAGGUACCAAAGUCUUUGUCAUGCCUAAUGGUAUGCUGAAGAGCAACCAGCAGCUGGUGGACAUCAUUGAAAAAGUAAAACCAGAGAUUCGGCUGCUGAUUGAGAAAUGCAAUACAGUCAAAAUGUGGGUACAACUGCUGAUUCCCAGGAUAGAGGAUGGAAACAACUUUGGUGUUUCUAUUCAGGAAGAGACUGUAGCAGAGCUUCGAACUGUGGAAAGUGAGGCAGCUUCAUAUUUAGAUCAGAUCUCUAGAUACUACAUCACACGAGCAAAGUUGGUUUCUAAAAUAGCAAAAUAUCCUCAUGUGGAAGAUUACCGCCGCACAGUGACUGAAAUGGAUGAAAAAGAAUACAUCAGUCUCCGACUCAUCAUUUCAGAGCUCAGAAAUCAAUAUGUGACUCUGCAUGACAUGAUUCUAAAGAAUAUUGAGAAGAUCAAGCGACCCCGGAGCAGCAAUGCGGAGACCCUCUACUGAUCUGGCUGCAUUCUGAAUUUAUGAACUUUUCAGUAGGCUCAAGACAGUCCUUGCCUCAGUUUAUGUGACUAUCAAGAUGGGGAAGCUGGCUGGAAACAGUCCUCACCAUACUUUUAGUUAAACGUCUAAAGAAACUCUCUCCUAGUCCUUUUCUGGUUGGUUUUUUUUUUAAAUUGGAUCUUUGAAUUUCUCCCUUUUCCUACCAUGUCUUUGAGAUAUAGAAGGCUAGAACAGAAGAUCUCCUAUAUUGGUAGGAAUGGGAGAUUUGCCAAGCUGUUCCCGGUAAGGAUCCUGAGAUCAGCCCUAAAUAAUCCAGGUCUAGCAUCCCUGAGAAACUCCUUUCUAGAUAGGUUGUCCCUGCCAAAAGCAUUGUCGACUUCUACUCAGAGCUGAUGAUUCUGGUCAUAAGCUUCAUUCAAUCUUUUCAUUGAAACUCAGUGUUUCAUCUCAACAUGGCUUGCCCUUAUCUAACUUGUCCUAUCAUGCAAAUUCUAAUAGUUCUAAUGCCAUUAUAAAUUUCUCUUUUCUACACGUACAUGAAUACACACACACACCCCUUCCAGAAAUUUAUGAUAAAGUAAAUCUAAUCUUGGCUAACAAGGAACUCUAGCACAGCAUCUGAGUGCAGUGGGCAUUCUCACACUUUUUUUCUUGGAGCAAGGCAAACCUGUUAGACGGUUUAGUAAAAUUGGUCUGCCUAAUUUCAGCAUGAAUGAUCAAGCUCAGAAGACCUGAAGUACAUUUCAUCUUAAUCCUUUUUUCUUUCCGACUCUACUUAAAUUAGCCUAGCACUUGUUUCUGAAGAUCUUGCCUCACUUUCAGGAAAUGCUCAAAGUGUUCUAGGUGUCCUAUUAGGUCUGAAUAAGUCCUGUUGGCUUCUUCCACUUUUCUCGUUUCUGAUUUUCAUGAAAACAGAAAGGGGAUGCUAUCUAUCUGGGAUGCUGCAGUUUCUUUUCAGAUUUACUAUUUAUCUUUAUAUCCAUCUAGUGCUGUAGUCUUGUUAGUGGUGUUAGAUUUGUUAAAAAAUAGACAACAGCAACAGUGGCAGGAUGAAUGAAGUUUGUUGGCUCCUUUCCCUGCUUGUUUUAAAGAGGUCUUUUCUCUGCCAUCUCUCAAGGGCACAGGAGUUUCAUUGACCUGAACUCAUUGCAAAUGCCUCUGCAUCACUGUCAUUUGUAGCUGGACAAGCCAUACCUUACCCAGGUAAAAAUUCACAUAACAAUUGUCCUCACUAGCUGCUCCUGAGAGUAGCCUUCCCUGCUUUUGUUUCCUUGUAUCAGCUGCUUUGUUGGAUUGUUUAUAUUUCCUUGCUGCAUUGAACCUAUGUAUGACUUCUAUUAUGCCGACAAAUUAAAAGUAACAGGAACUUUGAAUUUAUCUUUAAUCAUCCUCAUAGGUACCACUGCAUUGGUAACCAAGAUUUCUGUCUGUAUUCGUUUAAUUUUUGCUAUUUUAUCAUUCUUGAUCUCAGCCCUAUUAGUGAGAAGGAGCUAUAAAUUUUAGUUCAAAGUUUAUUCCCAAGUUUGUUCUCUGAUAUUUUAGAAAGUUAUGGGGUAAAAUGAAAAACCUCUAUACUAGUAGUUCUAAGCUUUAUCAGUGAUGAUGAUGGGGCAUGAAAUAAGCCCCUUUUCGGAUCUUCUUCCUGAGGCUAAUAUUUUGCCCCAUAUCUUUAUGGUGGUAUUUACUUUUUCUGUCUCCUGGAUGAAACUUGAAGGCAUCCUCACAGUUCUUUUGUAGUAUACAUUGAAAUCCAGUUGGCUUCCAAGCUGAAUGAAUAUUGAUAAUUCAGAAUGGGCUUAAUCAGGAGUUAACUGCUUGUAAUUCCUGGUCUCAUUUCAUGCAGCUUGACAUUGAAAGCCUUUUGCAAUCAAUCAGUUUAUUUCUCUAGCAAAAACAAUGCAUCCUUGAUCUGUGUCUUCUUUGUAAGGGGGGAAAGAGAGAAUACGGAUUAAGUAAAGGGGUGAAAGGGGAGGAUUCUGGAAAGAAUAAGCUCAAUGUAAUUUCUUCUGGGUCAUUUGCUUUAGCUCUGUCCAUCUUGGCAUGUGAUGCAGCCCUAGACCGAUUACUUCUAGAGGAACAUGGCCUUCCACAGAAACAAAGAAAGAAAAUAUGAUUGCCUCCCUCUAUGUUAUGAUGGUCAAGAAACCACAAGAAACAGAAUUUCAUCAUAAGGGGAGAGGAGCAAAGCCUCAGAUACAUAUAUUGCAAUCUUUAUGUGUGAAUUGAUAGUGUUGGUUAGUAAUGAAUAGUGCCAGAGUGUGUUUUCUUAAAUAAAACAUGUAUCUCUCU